AUGGAUGUUUAUUGGGACUAUGUCUUCCCAUUGUAUCCAUUUGUCGACCGUGCUCAGAUGAAGGCCGAGUACUACAAGAUUUGGACGGGAGACAGCCCCCAGUACGAUGAAAACAUGCUGAUGUGCACGUUCAAUGUGAUAUUUGCCCUAGCAAGCCAGCUGGCUGAUUUCAUCGUCCCCGAGGAGAGGGAACCCGCGGCAGACGCGUUCUUCUCCCGUGCCAAAGGGUUGUUUCAAUUCAACCUCUGGAACACAGGGUCGACCGGUUUGAUUCAGUGUUUACUGUUGAUGGCCCAAUAUCUACAAAGUACUGACUCUGCGCAUCAGUGUUGGAUAGUGACGGGAUUAGCCAUUCGCAAUGCACAGAGCUUGGGUAUUCAUCUUCCUCAGACCAUUGCUCGGCUUGAUAGUUUUCAUGAGCAGCAGCUGGCGCGCAAAAUCUGGCAUGGAUGUGUAUUGAUGGACCGGGUCAUUUCCAUGACAUUUGGCCGCCCCGCCAUGAUAACAAAAUCCUCGAGUGGAGCUGUUCCAUUGCCCGCUGCCAUAGACGAAGAAUACAUCCCAGUUGAAUCAAGCGCGGAAGCCGCCCAGCCCGAGAACAGGCCCUCCAUGAUGGCAUUUUAUGCCAAGUCACUGGAACUGUACGAGAUCAUGAAUGAUGUCCUUCUCAGUUUAUACAAGCCGAUGUCCGAGGAGACUGCGGAAGAUGCCCACGACUUUUAUUUCAGCAGUGCGACCAGCGAGGGAGAACGUACUAUUUUUGACCUCGACCGUUCUCUGACUCGUUGGACCCGAAGCCUUCCAUCUUAUCUACGUGGGACAUCGUCGGUAUCGUCUGGGAAUCCAAUUCUCCAUCGCCAAAGCAUUGUUUUGCGCGCAAGAUUUCUCCAUGUGCGAGUGCUUCUCUUUCGACCAACUCUGUCAAAAUAUUGCUCUGUGCGCGACAGUUCGGCAAGUGAUCCAUUGGACUUCAUGCAUGAUUCCUUCCCCCGACGUGUCGCAUUGCAGUGCUCUAUCAUUUGUGUCAAGGUGGCUCAAGAGUCCAUCGAUUUGAUCUACAAUAACGUGCCGGCUGACGGCACGGGUGGUCCGUUGCCCGCAUGGUGGUAUAAUAUUCUCUAUAUAUAUACGGCUGCAACAGUCUUAAUUGCCGGUCGUCUGUGCUCUGGAAUAAUAGCAGAAGUGGCAGAAGCUGCUGUCACUCGGUCCUGGGAUUGUGCGCUUGAGAUCCUUCGCAAGUACCAGGGCUAUAGCACAUCCGCACGACGCUGUGUAGCAGCACUUGAAAUUCUGUACGAGCAGGUGAUGUCUGAGGGCUCAACAGCGGGUCACACCCCGAAUCAAGAGACUACUGAUCAUGCACUCGGCGCUCUGAAUGACAUUUCCUUUGGAGAAGGAAUGAAUGCAGCCAUCAUGGACAAUUUCGAGUUUCCCGAUUUCCAGGAUAUGUCUUGGCUAAACAGUGUCCCAAGUAAUUUGUUCUAG